GUUUCCGCCGUUUUCACGAAUCGUCGAUAGGUGUAAGGCGAUGUCACUUAAAAGUUAUUACGCACCGCAUUAUUAUAAAUGGCAAACGUUUUUAGAAAAUAUAUAUGUGCGCUAACAUGUCAUGGCACAGUGCAUGGUAAACUAAAUAAACUAGAGAUUUUUAGAAGGCAAUUGCACCUCAGUGGACAUAUGAAACAUGGGGAGUACGAAUGGAAGGACCCAAAGUCGCCGUCAGAAAUAGUUAAUGUGAUUUUUAUUAAUAAGGAUGGAACAAGGAUACCUAUUAAGGGAAAAGUCGGUGAUAAUGUAUUAUAUUUAGCACAUAGGCAUGGUAUUGAUAUGGAAGGGGCAUGUGAGGCAUCUUUGGCUUGUACAACUUGCCAUGUUUAUGUGAGCGAUAAACAUAGAGAUAGCUUGCCUGAACCUCUAGAGAAGGAAGAUGAUUUAUUAGACAUGGCACCAUUCCUUAAAGAAAAUUCUAGAUUAGGUUGCCAAAUUAUUCUAACCAAAGACUUAGAUGGUAUAGAGCUGCAAAUGCCCCAAGCUACUAGGAACUUUUAUGUAGAUGGUCAUAAACCGAAACCACAUUAGUUUUAUUGAAAACCUGU